AUGGCUGAAGCAUUAAAGAAUGUCAUUGCUCAGAGUCUGGAGUGUCCUGUAUGUCUGAAUACCUUCACCGAUCCCAAAAUCCUGUCUUGUUCUCACACCUACUGCAAGACCUGUCUGGACAACCUCUUGGAAUGUCAUGGUAACGACCAGAUGCUCCGAUGCCCUGUUUGCAGAGCUGAAACCCAGGUUCCAAACCAAGAUGUCGGCAAAUUACCGGCAAAUCUAGCUUUGAAGUCUCUCAUAGAGGACGUUACGAAUCAAUAUCAGUUUUGCACGAGUUGUAAAUCCGAAGAUCAACCCCAAGCUGUUGUUUACUGUCAAGACUGUGGCAUGUAUCUCUGUAUCAUUUGCCACAACAAACACUCUCAGUGGCCAAACUUCAUCAGUCAUGAGGUCUUAGCCAUAAGUGAGAUCCUUUCAGGUAAGGUGUCAGUACGUAGGUACCGUAAAUGCAGGAAACACCCAAAAGAGGAUGAGGAGUGCUUCUGUUCCGACUGCAGGAGAUUUGCCUGCUUCAGAUGUGUUGUCAUGGAGCAUACAAAGGAAGGACAUGAUGUCAUCGAGGCAGUUGUUUAUGAAAACAGCCAUAUGAAGAGUAUCGAGGACCUCAAAUCUAAAGCGGACAAGAAACGCUCUUGCUUUCAGAAAUACGUUGAUUUCAUUGAUGAACAGAAGGAGCGUGUGAGCAAUGUUCAGAAGCAGUGUACAGAUGAUAUCAACAAAGCAUAUGAAGAAUCAGUCCGGCAGUUGACAGAGAAGAAAGAAAUCCUCAUUUGUGAAGUCAAGGGUAGGAUCGAAGGAGUACAGAACGAACUGGACGAAAUGAAGAAAUCGACACAGGAGCACAUCACUCACUUGACCACUAUAGCUGACGUGGUAACCAAUAGGACAAAGGUACCGUUAGAUAUGGCUGCUUUGGCUGCACACGACACUCUAUGUCAAGACUUACAAGAGGCCUUGAAACGAGAAGAUCCUGACUACAAGCAGCCGAGGCAAUCGAGCAAGAAAGGAAGAAGUGUCAGUUUUAAGAAAAACGUUGGAAUGGACGAGCUAUGUCUUGGUGAAAUCGUUAAUACAGUGGCAGAGAACAUCGCUUUGCCUACCAAGGAUAGCAUGAAUGCCAUGGUUAGUACACCUGACGGUAGGAUGGCAGUGGGAUGUAGUAAAGGUGGCGUGGAGAUCUUCUCUGCUGAUGGUCAGCUCAAGCAGACAGUUUUCAAGGAUGUUAAGAUUUGUGGAGUAGGGUUCCUCUCUAAUGAUCGGUAUGUUAUACUCGAUGGCUCAAACAAUAUCUCCCUGUACACAUUCGAGUACACAAAGCUGAAUGUAAUGUUUGAAACUCUAAAUGACGAUGGUGGAUGGGCUAGCCUCACUGUAGACGGCGAUGAUAAGAUCUAUGUUAGCUACAUGAAAGCCAAGAAGAUCCAGGUAUUCUCACCAGCAGGUGGGAAGGUGAUCAGGGAGAUACCAUAUGAUGUGGGUAUAAUGCAGAUUACUAGUUAUAAUAAUCACCUGAUCACAAGAUCUUGGUUUACGAUACAAUUGGUUGACAAACAAGGUAUAGUAAACUUUAAAUUAACGGAAUUGGGUUGUUUCACAUACGCUGCUGUGUCUCAAGAGAAUACAAUCCUGAUAGCCAAGUUAAAGCACGACGUAGGUCUGGUCAGCAUUGAUGAGUACACUAACGAGCUGAAGCAUGUUCAGAACCUCGUCACUGAUUACAAGAUUGAGAAGCCCAAGAGAGAGUGGUACUAUCUCCAGCAAUACCGAUCAGGAGAGAUCGCUUUCUGUACUCGUGAUAGACUCUAUAUAUUCCACUGA